AUGUUUUUUUAUACUUUAAAAGAUAAAAAACCAGGUAAUAUUGAGCAUCAAAAUGUUAACAAUAAUGAUAAUGUAGACGACGAAGAGAAUACUGCGUCAAAUUUAUCAAUUACAUUACAUUUAGAUAACGGUGUGAAUAAUGAUAAUGAGAAAUAUAAUGAAACAACUAGAGAGUUAGAUUCAAAUAUAAAACUAGUAUCAAAAAGAAAAGGGAUUUUCUCAAAAUUAUAUGAAGAUGAUAAUUUGACAGCAAUUAAAAUAUGGACCAAAUUUUUUCUACGUAGAUUUAUGAGAGUAUAUCCACCUUAUGCUAUUCUUUUAAUUUCAAUUGCCUAUAAUCAAUUUCUUGGAUAUGUAGCAUUUGGUCGCAUAGGAGAAAAACUUAUGAAGAUUAAUGGUUAUAAUGAAAAAAAAGGAGGAUUGAUUGGUCGAGUUAUUGCCUUUUCUAUAAUAUUGUUUGCACGUACAGUUAUUGCAUUCACACUUGAUAAUAGAAAUCCUUUAUGGUUAGAAGGCACAGCUCAUUAUUUUUUGGGUGGAUCAUUAUCAUCAAAAAUUUUGGGCUAUGAAUAUGAUCUUAAGGUUCUUCGGUUGGAAACAAACGCAGGAGGACUAUUAUAUACAGCUUUAAUCCUACUGGGGUUAUUGUCACGUAAUGAAUCAUUUGUAGAAUUAUUGUCAUGGAAUUAUUUUUGUUUUUGUGGUAAAAUUUCAUUUAGUAUCUAUCUUUUACACCCAAUAGCUUUCAACCUGGUAAAUAAUUAUUUUAAUGAGUAUCUUACAUUUAUUGGUAAUGUUGAAACACUCAAAGAUGUAGACCAAUCGGAUCAAAUUGAAAAAAAUAAUGAUAUGUUUGACUCGGUGAUGUUAAGUUAUUUGGUUACAAUAAUUUUAUCAUGGUUUUAUCACAAACUCGUUGAGUCACCAUUCAUGAAUUUGGCAAAUGCUAUUGCAAGAAAAUGGUUAAAAUAG